CAAGCCCGUUCAGAAAUCACGCGUCGCGGAUUGGCCGAACGAAAAUACCGAAUAGUGCUUUCGUAAUUUAAAAAAAAUCGUGUAAAUUAAUUUUUGUUUUUUGUGAUUUCAUUUUUAUUUUUUUGUGAUUUAUCUCCCUGAUUGUGUGUGUGGAUUUCUGGAAUCUGUGGAACGUUUUUUUUGUUGCUGUUUUUUUUUGGAAAACGGAUUUUUUAACAAAUUCAGAUUCACCACACAUGUAGCGGAGACCAGAUCACAACUCUACCAAGAUGACGCGAUUAACAGUUACCCAGACAGCCCGAAACCAUUUGUUCGGGCUGGCGCCGAACCCGGACCGUCGAGUACCUAUCAGUAUGCUAAUAUCACAGCAGAAGAAAUUGGGAUUUGGUCGACUGACAGUGGUGAUGUUCAGUAUAUGUACAGUUGUACUAGGAAUCAUACUGUCAUUUGUACCCUGGUUGGAUUACAUUAUAUUUAGGGAAUUGAGACUAUGGAACGGCUCUCUAAGCUACAGCUACUGGCACAAACCUGGCGUGAUCAGGCUAACGAAGGUCUACAUCUUUAACGUAACCAACCCUCAAGGGUUCCUGGAGAACGGAGAGAAACCGAAGCUGGUGGAAGUCGGGCCUUUUGUUUAUAGAGAAGACAUGGAGAAGGUGAACAUAAAGUUUCAUGAGAAUGACACAGUGACAUACCAACAUAACAAGAUUCUGCGCUUUGUUCCUGAGAUGUCAGUCGAUAAGAAUCAAAAACUAGUUGUACCUAACAUCCCAUUGCUGACAGUGACCUCCUUCUCCCCGAACCUUGGAAGCUGGGUGUUCAACCUGCUAGUUUCUGGCCUGGCCAUCACGUACCGAGAUAGAGCCAAACCAUUCGUUCAUGUUACUGCUGAGGAACUGGUCUUUGGCUACAACGACCCGCUGGUGAUGUUGGCACAUUACUUCUAUCCAAAGGGAAAGAGACCGAACAGUCAGAUGGGACUACUGCUUGCGAGAAACGGGACUUUAGACGAGGUAUCAACAAUGUACACAGGACAGAAGCAGUUGGAUAGAUUUGGGUACAUGGACAGGAUCAAUGGACUGGAUCACCUUCCCCACUGGAAGGAUCGGCCAUGCAAUGAUAUACGUGCAUCCGAAGGUUCAUUCUUCCCUCCACGAGCAGUCACCAAAUCUGACAUAGUCCACGUUUAUGACAAAGAUCUGUGCAGAAUUCUACCACUCCAAUACAGAAAAGAUGUAUACAAAGAUGGCAUCAAAGCUGGUCUGUACACUCCACCAGCGUCUACAUUUGAGAGUGCUGAUGUGAAUCCGGAUAACAAGUGUUACUACCCGGGUGAGAAAUGCCCGCCAAAAGGAUUGCAGAAUAUUAGUCCCUGUCAAUACAAUGCACCAGUAUACCUUUCCUUUCCACAUUUCUAUGAUGCUGACCCAGCCCUACUGGAGCCUUUCGAGGGUCUGAAGCCGAACAAGAAGAAGCACGAAACAUAUUUUAUGAUACAACCUAAAAUCGGAGUACCAGUAGAAGGUUUCGUGCGAGUCCAGCUGAACCUGAAGGUAGACCGCGCCCCGAACAUCCCCAUCAACAAUAUCAACAACUUCCCCGACACCAUUUUCCCUGUCAUGUGGAUUGAAGAAGGCAUUCACGAGCUCUCCACACCAAUCUGGCGAUGGAUUUAUCUCGCCACCACCAUAGGACCAGUCUUCGCACCCAUCAUAACAUCAGGCAUGAUCAUAGUCGGCGUCCUAACCCUGGCUAUCGUCUUCAUCAGAGCCUACAAGAGCCUCGUCAUAGGCCAGAAUUCUCUGGAAAUCAUGGAGAUUGGAAGACAGACUAUAAGACGGAGUUCCACGCUGAUCAUCAGCGGCUCUCAUAAAAUGAUGCCGCAUAGAGCUGAAUCAGCAUAUAUCCCGUUAAAUCAAUGUGGAGAUAGGGUCCAGGAGUUAAGUUUUGUUAGAACAGACAGUAAGGAGUUUAAAAGUGUAUUACGAAGUGAUUUCGUAAGAUCUAGUUUUAGCGAAGCUGAAAGAGAAUCGUUAAUAAGGUCUGACAAUAGUUUUAUUAUGUCGGAACAUAGGUUUAACCAGGAAUAGAGGGUUUUAGAUUAUAUUUCUCCUGUCCCCCUGUAAUGAGUCUGUUAUGUACUUUGCUUUUGUCAGAGAUGAAUUAUCCAGGACAGGGCUUUUCAAUCUUAUUCGUACCACGGCGUCGCGGAGAACCUAGCGGGUUACCGGGGAUCCGGCUCAACGUGCAGAAGGAACGGGGUGGUUUUUAGUCAGUA